AAUGUGGGGUUCGAUUUUGGUGAAUUUUGAUUGAUCCAUUGCAACAAUUUGGGGAAUUUUGCUUGACCCAUUUGGGCGCUUCACAGGAAGCUCUGUGAAAUCUUUGGGUGCUUUUGUUUUAGUCUGCAUUCGAGAAUUGAGGGUUUUCUUGUUCAAUACGUUCUGCGCCUAGGGCACGGCCUAUUUUUUUUCUUUCUUUUUCCUUGGGUAUUGGGUUGAUUUUUAGAGUAGACGAUAUGUCCUUGAAUCGAGAAGAACGAUUUUUAGCUGGGACCAAGUUAGAUAAUAGUUAUUUCGAUAAAGAAUACCCAAAUGAGAAGCUUGACCGAUUUGGUGAUUUUUGGGGUUUGAAUCGUGAAAUUGACAAAUUUCAUGAUCACAAAUCUGGAAAAACUGAGAUGAUUUCUGAUGGUAUUAGUGAUUUUUGGGAGUUGAAUUGUGAAAAGGGCAACUUUCAAGACCACAAAGAUGAAAACACAAAUAUGGGUUCUGAUGAUAUUGUUGAUCUGUUGCCGCAGGAUCCUUUUGAUAUGGAUAUUAGUACCAAAAUCACUGGUUGGUUAGAGGGUAUUAACAAAGAUUUUGGGUUAAAAGAUCUUGGUUUCUGUACAGAUGAGAUUGAGGUUGAUGUUCAAUUGUAUGCGGAAUUUAAUAUUGUUGUAAAAGGGGCAAUCAGAGUUCACCAGGAUGUAGGGGAAAACUCCUAUGUGUCUGAGAUUGAUAUAGGAGAGGGAUUGCCGAUGGAUGUUGAGAUUGAGGAUGUUAUGAAUUCCUGUUAUUGGGUUUUUAGAGAUGCAGCUCAGGAAGAUCAGUCGGACAUGAAUGAUCAUUGUGAUGCAGAUGGAGGUGCUCCUUCAGAUGCGCUGUAUUUGUCCCUUAAUUAUCUUGGAUUGAGGGACCUUCUUUCUGUUGAAGGGGUUUGCAAAGCUUUAAGAGAUGUGGUGCGUAGUGAUCCACUUCUGUGGAGAAAUAUUCACGUUGAUUAUCCAUUGAGUAAUAAGAUCACAGAUGAUGUUCUUAUAAAGUUGACGGACAGGGCUCAAGGCCAUCUUCAUUCUCUGAGUCUUGUGCACUGCCCAAGGAUCACUGAUAGUAGUUUGAAUUGUGUGCUUGAAAGGAAUUCUAGCCUGAAAAAGCUUAGUGUCCCAGGAUGUGUGAGACUCACAGCUGAUGGUAUUCUCCGGAACUUAAAGGUCUUAAUGUCUGCAGGAAAACCCAGACUUAAGUACCUUGGGGUUAAUGGAUUAUUUGGUAUGACACACCAACACUUUGAAGAGUUCAAGGUCUUGUUAGGUGUUGAUAGCAGCAAGCUGCCAUCUACUCGUAAACCACGGUUUCUCCAAGGUGGCCAGUUAUCUGUGUCUUCUGAUGAUGAUUACGCUAUUGAUAUUGAAAUAUGCCCGAAAUGCCAGCAGCUUAGAGUAGUCUAUGAUUGCCCCUCAGAAAGUUGCCAAAAGAAGAAAUCUACUGCUCAGUCGUGCAGAGCUUGUACUAUCUGCAUUAAACGUUGUAUCAACUGUGGGCGGUGCUUAAAUAAUUGUGAAUAUGAGGAAUUAUUCAGUUUCGACAAUCUGUGUUUAGAUUGCUGUAGGGAUUGCUAUAGGGAAUUUUUGGAUCACCAAGAGAGGCAAGAGAGGAUUACUGUUCCACUGGAAAAUCCUGUUCCUAAGCAGACAAGCUGCCAUUUCUUCUUUUGUGGCUAGAACAUGCAGUAGGCAAUGCUUCUUUUGCCUAUGAGUAUCAAAUUGAAAGGAGUUCUUGAGUAUUUUAUAAUUGCUGGUUGUGGUGCCACUGGAAUCUGAUGAUUGUGGAAUUGGAAGGAAAAAGAUGACAGAUGUGAAAGCUAUCUCCUACCAGGCAGGCUUUUGUCAGUAAUGGUAUUGUGAAGUGAAGGAAGUGUGGACAGGGUGGGGCUUGCAGAGGGUUCGACUCCUUACACAACUCGCACUAUAGUGACGCUGAAUGUUGAGAUAGAGAGAGCGGUGGAAUUGUAUGUGUUUUGGAUACAACUUUUCACUAGGCGAUUGAGAGGAGGAAGUUCAGUGAAUGGUGAAUAGCUACAUUUAUGGCUGAAAUAUAGCCGGAGUGUGCUUAUAUGAUUUCACCAAUUGUGUUUGUAUUUGGACUAGACCAUCAAUCACCAACUAGAUCUGCAGAUCCAGAAAGUAAACACCAACUUCUUGGUGAAGUGAAGGAAGAAAUUUGGCAUCAAUGUUGAGGUGAAAGGGAAACGCACCUGCCAUUGAUGCGUUAGCAAUUAAGAACAAGGGAAAAAAAUGUUGAGGUGGUAUGCAUUUGCUUCCAGUUCCAGUGUAUUCUAUAUCGUUAUUGUAGAACUGAAUUAUCUGCUGUUGAUAGUGAAGUUUUCAUCAUCAGAGCCACCCGUAGCUCAUCUUCAAAGCCUUAAAGAGAAGGGUGAGGAGAGUACUGUGGAUUUCAUCAUCAGUGUAUUCUGUAUGAUCAUAUUUGAUCUUUGAGUGUUCUCUCAUGCCUGAAAUCAGAUUCACAGGUGUCAAUACCAACGCUUGGCACAGUUGUUCUCGCACAACCAGUAUCUUCCUACAUAACCUGCAACUACACACCUUCACUCCAUGCUUCUUGCAGUGGGUUUAAGUGUUCUGAAGUUCUUCAAUGGCUUUGCUCGUCGGUGGUUGAUAUUGUUCUUAGAGCCUGGAGCACUGCAGUGCGGGAAGCCUUUAGCAUUGUUACUGGUUGUCUUCCUCUUAAGUGAUCAUGUGUAUCUGUAAGCAUAUUUUAUACAAUUCUUGGUUGUCCCCAAGCAUAUUACAGAAAACUUGUCUUCUUAUAAGGAAAAUGAAGUCUGCUGUAGCUGAUGUGCAUGUAUUUUCAAAGGCCUAGUGCAUAUGCUCCUGUAAUCAGUUCAGAGCUUAUGAAACAGUUUGGUGGUCUGA